UCAAAGCACUGGACUUGUAGUGAAGCAGAGAGAAAUCUCUAGCUUUGAAGGAGAAGUUGCCAAGAGGUAUCCCCAGGGGCAAAAGAGAGACUCCAGGAAAGGGCACCUCAGAAACUGGUCAGAUGGGGCAAGCUGGUAAGCCGGUAGGCCAUGGAAGUUCCAGGUGACAUCAUCAGUAACCACUUCCCUGGACAAUCUCUUGUAUCCAAGAGAACCCUAGAAUCUUCUGUGAUGUCGCCAGUGUUGUGGUAACCAGCGCAGCUUGUGGGGUAUUCCUUCAGAUCCUCAUGGGUUCCCAAGCAGGCAUGUUGUCCAUGCUCCUCAGGGUAUUUCGGAGAGAUAAUAGAAUACACACAGACACCAGACCAAGGCAGAAGGAGGCCGGCCGCCCAUCAUGGUGGGAAAGGGCAAGAAACAACUGGUCAAUGAGAAGGCACAGGUCUGCUGGGGAGGCAUCACCCCAAGCCCCCACCAUCAAUGAGCAGAAGAAGAGACACGAGAGGUUGGAGAAGCUCAAAAGAGAGCUCCAGAACAUAAAAAAUGCCAGAGACGAACUUCAGGCAAUCCUGGCCAACUACACUAACAAGGAUUUAAAUGACAGGAUCAACUUUGAGACAUUCAUGCUUGAGAUGCAACAUGACCAGGUGAUGACUGACCUGAAGAGAAUGCCCCAGGACAUGAGUGAGGCCUUGUCCAAGUGCAAGCAGUUGACUAAAGAAAAUCAAUUCUACUGCUUCAGGAACUGCCACCACCUGAUUGAAUCUAACCUCAUCCAGCACAAAGUCAGGAUGUUGAGGAAGGAGAACAGACAGCUGCUAAGGGAGCAGAUUGCAUUGGAAGAAUGCAACAUAGAAACAAAAAUACUAUGUAAUGAAGGCAGCCAGAAGAUCAAAGACCACUAUACUAAGCAGCAGCAGGUAGGAUGAAUGAAGCAUCAGGGGCAGAAUGCCCUAAUGUGUGAUCAUAAACACAGUCAAGCCUAUGUAACCAUCCUGCACCUUAUCCAGGCUCUCUCCUAUUUCU